AUUUUCAGCACUGUUAAAUUCGUUCCAUCUAGGAAGAUGGCUGUAUCCGAAUGGCGCCUGGCAUUAAAGCUAAUGGACCAGCCAACGCUCCCUAAAUCGGUGUUACCGUUCCCUGAAGCAGAACCUGGAGAUGUACCUCCUGGAGAAUACCGGGUCGCAACACUAAAACAGCUUGUCUCGGCGCACUUACCCGAAGAGAUACCAGAUCCUGAACUCAUAGAGUUGGUGUACUGUGGCAGGAAGCUGAAAGACGAUCUCACUUUAGACUCCUACGGCAUUCAGUCAGGAUCCACUGUGCACAUCCUCAAGAAAUCAUGGCCAGAGCCAGAGAUUCAGCCAGAGCCAGUGGACAGGGUGACAGCUGCCCGGGAAUUUCGUGUUCUGCAGGCAGCUCUUCACACCAGCACAGCCUACAGAGAUUCUGUAUUCAAGAUGCUGAAUAAUAAAGAGUCUCUCGAUCAAGUCAUUGUGGCUACACCAGGGCUGAGCCACGAUCCUGUAGCACUGGGUGUGCUUCAAGACAAAGAUCUCUUUGUACAAUUUACAGACCCUAACAUGCUUGAUACGCUGAUUACUUCCCACCCGGCUUUGGUUAACGCUAUCAUCCUCGUGCUACACUCUGUAGCAGGCAGUGUGCCCACGCAGCAGACUGCCAGCUCCUCCAGAAAUGUCUCUGCAAGCUCCUACAGCGACAUGCCAGGAGGAUUUCUCUUUGAGGGCUUGUCAGAUGAUGAAGAGGACUUCCAGUCGGGAAACCGCAGUGGUCCAUCCACGAGUGCUAUGGGUACAUCAGGGGUGAGACCAGCUACGUUAGGCUAUAGUGGGGCAGUAGGCCCCCGACCCAUCACGCAGAGUGAACUGGCCACAGCUCUUGCACUGGCCAGCACCCCGGAGAGCAGUGCUGUUACGCCUACCACGGGAAACCAGGGGGCUUCCUCUGGAGUUUCACCCAUCCCUGCUGGAACACCAAUAACCAAUGACCUCUUCAACCAGGCCUUGCAGCAGGCACUGCAAGUGUCUAGUAUGUCCUCCUUACAAAGUCAGUGGCAGUCCCAGCUCCAGCAGUUACGUGACAUGGGGAUCAGAGAUGAAGAACUUAUCCUUCGGGCUCUCCAGGCCACAGGGGGAGAUAUCCAAGCUGCCCUGGAACUAAUAUUUGCUGGAGGGGCACCAUAAGUAUGCCUAUUGCACUCCACUAGAUACAAAAAAAUGUUGUAGUGUUAUACCCCUCUUCAGUGUGUACAAUGCAGGCUAGAGCAGGUUUAAUGAAUUUCCUCAACAGCACUUAUUUCACACUGAAAAUGUGUCAGAGACAUUAACGGUUUGAGUGUGGU